CCCCCCGCUGCAGCGGAAGAAAUGGUACAGCCCGCUGGUACAGCUCUUGGAGUGGUGUCAUUGAUUCCGUUGUAGCAGAGCAGUCGGCUUUCGGAGGCUGUUGUGGUGAGAACAGAGAGAGAGAGAGAGAGAGAGAGAGCGAGAGAAGGACUCCAGACUCCUGUUAGCUCCUGUUCCUGGCUCUGCUAUCGUCUGGCUCUGCUAUGACCCUGUUUAAAAGUGAGCACCGCAGCCCCCGACACAUAAGUAUGACUGGAGAGCUCCAUUCGGGUCGCCCCAAGGCAGGACCCAAGAGGCCCAGCAGCAUGGUACACGGAUCUGACUAUGACCUGGAAUAUGACUGUUACCAGGAUGACUUCUAUGAAAGGGUGUAUGACUACCAGCGUGUUCCAGCUUCGCUGCCGCCCCUCCCUCACGGGCCCAGCCCUGCCAAACGGCCCCGCUCUUCCUCCUCUUCCAGCCGGCGGCGGAGCCGCGACAGACUGUCCACCAAGAACAGCUCUCGGCCCAGCUCGUCCGGCUCCAACAGGGCGAAGUUGAAGAUGGAGGAGCUGCAGACUAUUAAGCGGGAGCUGACACUGAUCAAGGUGCAGAUAGACGGCCUCCUGGAUAGCCUGGACAGGAUGGAUCAGCAGCGGCGGGACCGCACAGGGUCACCCCCAACCAGGGAUGGCAGUCUGUCAGGGUCCCCAUAUCACGGUGUGGCCAGCAGCCCAGACCACUCCCCCAGCCACAGCCCCCGCCGUCGGGCCCGAAGAGAUCGGGUUGGAGGGGAGAGCCCCGAGCUUGGGGAGGCCAGCGACGACGACAACCACCUGAUGAAUCCCCACAGUUCUGACCUGGAAGACGACAUCUGAGAGCGACAGCUGAGGAGCCUGGUGACAGAAGGGGGUGCUAUGCAUGGGAGGGGAGAGGCCGCCGCCAGUCCAGCAGUUGCCAUGGAAACAGUCAUCUCCAGUCCCGCCCACCCUCAUCCUCACAGCACUCAGCGCUAACCAGUGUUCGUCUGUAGAAUCCCUCCUGGUUUCCCUCAAGCCGAUUCCAUUUGCAGCAGGCUCACGCAGGCCUGCCGCCAUCACACACUUAGAUCCGGCUUUCCUGCAUUUUUACAGGCACCUUUGCGGAUGUCAUUAUUUUACCUUCUUAGCUCGGUCGCCGUUUUCCUGCCCACCAAAAAAAAAAAGUAUAUUUUAGCUGUCAUGGAAAUGGAAGCUUAUCUAGAGGAAUGUGCUUCAUAUCAGCCUGACAGCUUCGCUCCAGGGAGACGCACACCAAACACACGCACGAUGGUGUCCUCAGAGAGAUCUCCAUCUGCAGAUAGUAAUUAUCCUCCACAAUGUGAAAGUUAAAGCAUACUAAAUGGUUUAUUAUCAGUUUCUUCUAAGUUAUGCCAGCAGUGCGUGUAAUAAAUGCUCUUACUGGAGAAUCAUACAGCGGAUCGAUUAAAUUGUUUGAGGUGAAUUCGGACUCGACCGUCAUAUGUCUGUGUUUCUGUUGUUUUUUGUGGUAAAAGGCCUGACUGAGACUUUGGCAGAAUUUAGCGACAGGCGUUAAGGGUGGACUCUUGUGUGGGGGGGGGCUUGUCUUCUCCACAGCUCAUAGUCCCACUCGCCUUUAUCCGUGCUGCGUUCCCACGGUAAUUCAGCCAGAAAAGCCCAGGUCAAUAUGACAGAAACUGUCAACACAUUGUUAUCAGGCAAUAAUUAAUUGCACAUCCCUCGCGAAGCGGGUGGGGGCGGUGGUGGGCGGGAGACUGGAUCCCGCCGGUGCUGAGAUUGCCUCCCCAUUUGACAAGGCUGUAUGCAGGAUGGUGAGCUGCUUGUUGACAGUGCCCCCUGCCUGUGCUCGCUGAAACUGACUUGAAGCUGUAAAAGCCUUGCAUACAUUUCAUGUGGGUGGAUCCUGCUGAUUUCAAAGUUGUAGUCAUAAAGAAGACCCUCCAACAUGCUGGGUAUGGCCUCUGUCAAAAUUCUUGACUCCUGGUGACAUCCUUAAUGGCUUUGUACAGUGUGCCAUGUAGCUUCCAUACUUACUGAUCCCGUAUCUGUCCACCAGGCUGUUCAUGGCAUUGUUUUUACUGACUAUUUUCUCAGAUAAUGAUAAAUACACUGCAGUCAUUUAAUAAUGCAAGGUUUCAACUGCCCAGACAAACAAAAGUAAAAGAAAGUUACAUAACAUAGAAUGUGGUUUGCUUCCCUGUUCCAGCCAUCGAUUGGUGGCUCAUUGUGACAUCACAGGCCUGUACCACCCUUUGUCCUCUAACACUUCCAUCUCCUGAGAUAUCAUUUGCCUCUGCCUUUGCAUGAGUGUUCUGUCAGUCAAAGACAGAGGGACGGAGUGUCCACUAAUUGCAAUGGUGAUGGGAAGGUCUUCUUCACGGCACAUCCUGACCUUCUCUCAGGGGUUGAAUCCUGCCCCCCCCCCCCAUGCCUGUUAAAAAACCCAACCAUGGCACAGGCUACAAAAACAGGUGCGUGUCUGUGUGUGUCUGUGUGUGUGCGAGCAAACAAGAGCCAUAUUAAAAAUGGUCACAGGCUUAGUUGCUAGAAAGGUUAUUGUAGAGUUUAUUAUUAUCUUGAUUAUUGUCAGUGUAAUUAAGUUAAUCAAAGCAUGGCUCAUUUAGCAAGCAGCAGUUGUCAAAAGUGGCACGAAUAAGACUGACUCUUUUCAGCCCGUGAGGUUUAGCCAUCAAGACCCCAGUCCCCCAGUGUAAACAUAUAAUAACAGUCAAACCUGUUCCCCUUCCAUGUAUUGACUGCUGUGGGCUGGAUCACUAAUGGGGUUAGUGUGUAAUACUGUGUAAUAUUGUAAACUUUCUUGUAUCUUGUCAGCUCAGUCUGAUUUUACCCAGCAUUUGUUUUGGGGUUUAUUUGUUAUUUUCAAUGCCAUUUUUUUUGUUAUAAAUACUUCCUGUGCUGUUUUUUGUAGAUUAUUUGUCUUGUUUUAUUUUCUCUGCCUUCAUACAAGCUGAGUGGGAACAAGUACAUUGUAACGGUAGUAAAAUAUUUUCAUAUUGAUUA